CAGACACACAAAACCUGGUUCAUUGAAAACAUGCACAUACGAAGGCGCUAGAUCAAGUACUUUCUCGGAGAUACCUUCCAUGGAUAUAAAUGAGCUUCUCAGUUCUGACAUUGUCUUGACAACCUAUGAUGUGCUCAAAGAGGACUUGUCACAUGAUUCUGAUAGACAUGAUGGUGAUCGCCGCUUUUUGAGAUUUGAGAAAAGAUUUCGGGUUAUUCCCACUCCUCUCACUAGGAUAUUAUGGUGGAGGAUAUGUUUGGAUGAAGCUCAAAUGGUGGAGAGUAAUGCUGCUGCAGCAACUGAAAUGGCAUUAAGGCUACAUACAGUUCAUCGAUGGUGUAUAACUGGGACCCCCAUACAAAGGAGACUUGAUGAUUUGUAUGGGCUCUUGAGAUUCCUGAAAGCAAGCCCAUUCAAUGUUUUUAGGUGGUGGACUGAUGUAAUUUGCGAUCCAUACGAGAGGGGAGAUGAAGGAGCCAUGGCAUUCACACACAGCUUUUUUAAACCACUAAUGUGGCGGUCAUCAAAAGAGCAUGUUGCUGAAGAAUUGCAACUUCCUCUUCAAGAAGAAUGCAUCUCUUGGCUUUCUCUUUCACCAAUUGAGAAGCACUUCUACCAGAGGCAACAUGAAACUUGUGUGAAUGAUGCCCAUGCAUUCAUUCAAGAUCUGAAAGAUAAUAUCCAGAAGAAGAAACCACAAGGUACGGAAGUGUCUGACUCUUUAUCUGGUGUUAUCAUCACCAAUAUGGACGCUGCAAAGCUAUUUAACUCACUUUUAAAGCUUCGACAAGCAUGUUGUCAUCCACAAGUGGGAAGUUCUGGCCUGCGUUCUUUACAACAGUCUCCCAUGACCAUGGAAGAGAUUCUGUUGGUUCUUGUAGGUAAGACCAAGGUAGAAGGAGAAGAAGAACUCCGGAAAGUAGUCGUUGCCCUCAAUGCCCUUGCUGGCAUAUCUAUUAUUGAGAAAGAUAUUCCUCAAGCUAUAUCAUUGUACAAAGAAGCACUUGCUUUAGCUGAAGAGCAUUCUGAAGACUUUCGUUUGGACCCUUUGUUAAAUAUUCACAUACACCAUAAUCUUGCCGAGAUACUACCAAAAGAUUCUGAUGGCUUGGAGAACGUUCAAUCUGAUUCCCUUAUGGUGGAAGGGGUUAAAGACGACAUCCAGAACUCUUCUAGGAGUGAGAGUGAAUUGAUGGUAGUGCCAAAUUUGACCAUUAAGAAUCUAUCCAAUUCAUAUGUAGAGCCUGAGAGGCUACGUUUAAAAACAUCUUGUGAGAAUCUAAAGCAAAGGUACUUGUCUGCAUUUAAUUCGAAGUUGUACGUGGCUCAACAAGAAUUUAGGAAGUCACAUGAGCAGGUUUGCAAUGCGUUUACUGAUAGAAAAGAUCAGCAUACAACAUGGUGGUUAGAAGCCCUACACCAUAUUGAGCAAAACAAGGAUUUGUCAACCGAGUUCAUCCGGAAAACAGGAGAAGCUGUUGCUGGGACACUGAACACUAGUGCAUCAAGGGUUGCCUCCUGCUUCCACAGCAUAUCUUCUAUGAAGUAUUUCAUUCAAACGGGUUUAGACUCAUUGGAAGAUUCUAGGAGAAUUUUACUUGAUAGACUCUUGGAUAUUGAUCAAACAAUGGGCAAUCCCAGGAAGGAGGACAUAGAGCGUGUGAGAUACUGUCCAAAAUGUUAUGCUAAUUGUGAAGGUCCCAUGUGCGUUCACUGUGAGCUUGAUGACUUAUUUCAGAGGUACGAGGCCAGACUUUUUCGACUUCAUAAAGGAAAACAUGGGGAGGCAAUUACAUCUGCCGAGGAGGCUGUUAACCUGCAGAAGAAGAUGUCUGCUCUAAACCGGUUUUAUUCGACUUUGUCAAAAUCUAACAAGAAAUCGACUUCGUUGACUCAUGAAUCAGAAGACAAUGGAAAUAAGAGAGAUACACGAGAAAGAGUGCUAGUUUCAAAAUCUCCAUCUGACCUGGAGGUGGUGCUGGGCAUUAUAAAGAGCAACUCAAGAGGACUAUUAGAUAGAGAGGGCAUGUCAGCAACAACAAAGCAACUUCUUCUUUUAGAGGGGAUGCGAAAGGAGUAUCCACAAGCAAGGUCUCUCGCAGUUGCUCAAGCUCAAGUUCUUCGUGCCUAUGAUGAACUUAACAUGGCAACCUCUCGACUGCGCUUACGAGAAGAUGAUAAUGAUAAGUCUAUUGAUGCACUUGAUAUAGGGGAAUUGGUUGCAGCAAAUGCUGAAUUUUCAAGUGAAAAGUUUGUGGCUUUGUCUUCUCUAUCCAGAGUAAAAGGGCAACUCCGCUAUUUGAAGGGUCUGGUGCAAUCUAAACAAAAAGGAGAAAGUACGAACGACAACAGUUCAACCCAAGCAGCAGUGGCAACUGUGGGAUCCAGAAGUUCUGAAGAAGAACAGGAUGAGAAUUCUAUGAGAAUUGAGGAUUCAUGUCCAGUUUGUCAUGAGAAACUCAAUAGCCAAAAGAUGGUUUUCCAAUGUGGCCAUCUCAUUUGCUGUAGAUGUUUGUUUGCCUUGACUGAGAAGAGAUCUGGUCGCCUCGGAAAACCUGUUACUAGCUGGAUAAUGUGUCCAACAUGUAGACAGCAGUCUGAUUGUAGAAAUAUUGCAUAUGCCGUUGAUGCCAAACCAGACAAGACUCCCUUUGCUAUCUCUGAGAAUUGUGAAGCUUCUAUUACCGUACAUGGUUCAUAUAGUACAAAGGUUGAAGCUGUGGCAAGAAGAAUUUUAUGGAUCAACUCAAAAAAUCCUGCUGCAAAGGUCCUUGUUUUUAGCAGUUGGAAUGAUGUCCUUGAUGUCUUGGAACAUGCAUUUUCCGCAAAUGGUAUUAGCCACAUACGAAUGAAAGGGGGAAGGGGAGCACAUGCAGCCAUAAACUAUUUCAGAGGGCACAACAGCAGUGCCAUAGGCAUGCAACCAGAAACCAAAACGGUUCAGGUUUUAUUGCUCUUGAUUCAACACGGAGCCAAUGGCCUCAACCUUCUAGAAGCAGAGCACGUGAUUCUCGUCGAGCCAUUACUGAAUCCAGCUGCAGAAGCACAAGCCAUCAGCAGGGUGCAUCGCAUCGGGCAGACCAAAAAGACCCUCGUCCAUCGUUUUAUAGUGAAGGACACUGUUGAAGAAAGCAUACACAGAGUGAACAAGGGCAGAAUGGGAAAUUCGCUCGUGAGCGGAAACAGAAAGAAUAAAGAUCACUCUGCUCUCACACUCAAAGACAUUGAGUCUUUGUUGUUCAGAGCUGCCCCGCCAUUUGCGGAUCCAGACCCGUCUGCUGGGAGUUUGACGCAUUUGCCCCCGUCGGUAGCUGCUGCUCUAGCAGCUGAGAAGAGGCUAGCUGCUGCUGCUGCUCAGGAUGGUUCUUGAUCAGCCCAAUCAGGAAUGACAAUGGGUCGGGUAUGGAUCUGGAUCCUCAUUCGUCCAUUUACUCUCUUCUCAUCACUCGAUCCAUCCAUGAUCCAUCACCGGGUACAUACAUCACCUAUCACCCGAUUUGUAGCAGGUGAAAUGGGUGCUACUUAGGGGAAAUGUACAGCAAUUUUUUAAUUAUUUGUAGCAUUUCAUUAAAUUAUUAUAAAUAAAGUAGUAAUAGUAAU